GCUGCUAACGUUUAGUCACAUCGGCCAUCCUCUCUCGCGGGUUGAUUUCAAAGUGCUUCAGCACAGAAGAGACACAAGCAGAAAUGAGUUUAAAUGGAAAACAUUAACGCGCAGCACGGUCUUGGGCAAAGCAAAUUUUCGGUUCUGUAUCAGAAAAAAAUCAGCUAAAUUUUAGAGUGUUUCGGUUUGUUUUGUUUAUUUGAAAACAGUGACAAAAAGCGCUGGAAACUGUAUGGUGAAAUAGAGGCUCUUAGCAGCGGAGAGUGUGCAGUUUUGUGAACAAUUUAAUCAGUCAGUCAGGGUGGACACACGAGCGUAUCUGUUGGUUCACACUUGUGAAGUGAAACUCAAAAGUGACAGUACGGUUGCAGUUGUGUGAGCAGAUUGAAUGUGUAAAAACUUCGAAAAUAAUUCAAUAAUGGCGCACGGACUACAUUCGAUGAUAAAAAGUGAAAUUGGAUGCAAUAACAGCAAACCCCGGGUAGAACAGCAACAGCGCACCGGUGGUGCGAGUGCGGCCAGUUCGGGUUCCGCUGGCAAGAUGGGCUCCCGAAGGAUCUUUACACCACAAUUCAAGCUGCAGGUGCUGGAUUCCUAUCGGAACGAUGGUGAUUGUAAGGGUAACCAGAGAGCAACAGCUCGCAAGUACGGUAUACACCGAAGGCAAAUUCAGAAAUGGCUGCAGGUGGAAAACAAUCUCCGCUCAGCGGCUGCCAACAGCUCCUCCAAUGGGGCUACCAGUACGAUGAAAAUCAACCUAAUGAGCAAUAGUGGCAAUCAUCCGCAUCAUCCGCAGCCUCAGCAGCAGCACCAGCACCAGCCUCAGUUCCAGCUUCAUCAUCCGCACCAUCACCAUCACAUCCACCAUCAGAAUCUGAAUUCCAUUGAACUAAAAGUGCCCAUGGAUUCAACCAGACACCGCGUCGCUCAAAACGCCAGCUCCAACAAUAACAACAACAACAACAACAUCAACGGCAAAGAGAGCAGCGUCAGCGCUUGUAUAAUAUCGCCCGUUUCAACUCACACAUUGCUGUCGCCGUUCUCGCAUCCACACCACGAAAGUUCGUCGUCGUCAGCAAGUCUAUCGGUACUUAAACCACAAAGCCGGGAUCCGACGGCAAAUGCUGCUGCAGCGGCAGCAAUGGUAAGCCAAGUGUUGCGGCCAAAUUUUUCACCUGUCUCCGGGGAUUUUCCUGCCGUUGCGGUACCAACCCAUCAUUCGGGAUACGAGCAGCUCAAUCUGCUCGACACCUACUAUCACUAUUGCUAUCCCAAGUGUGCAACUGUCAGUCCCAUCCCAAGUACGCAACCAAUCGAUCUUUCGCGGUCGCAGCAAAUUCGCAGUAAAAUGGAACAAGCUCUCUCGCCAUGUUCAACUGUUUCGUCCGUCUAUUCGUCCCGGCCGCGAUCUCCGACACCAACACCGGUCAGUAUCAAGUGUGAAAUGCGCGAUCCUGCUGACGACUGCGAAGUCGUUGAUUUGUCUUGCCGAAAGCGCAAAGCUUGUUCAACCAGUGACGAUUCCAUCGACGGCGCAAGUCCUCCCAAGUCGGUGAAACUGUUCAAACCGUACCUACUGGACGAAAAAGAUGACGAAAAGGAUUCUUCCAUUGAUUCACCAGCGGCAGAAUCAUUAAAAGAUGGCGUUGGCUCUUCGGGGAGGCUAGACAACUAUCCCAUCAUUUGGAACUUUCAUGCUCAGCAACGCUACUACGAGAACCUCUACGAGUACAACAGCGGCCAGUACGUCUAUCCACCGAGUCCGCCCUACAUCCAUCAGCCACCCCUUACGCCAAUUCCACGAACUCCGUACAGCACUCUAUCCCCGUCUCCGCCAAGUAGCAACGGGGGCAGCAGCCGCUGGGCCGCACCGCAGGCUUCACCAGUUUCCGGCUACGACAGUUCUACCUCGAUCUCGUCCGUCUACAGUACCGACGGAAACGACGACGGCUAUAGCUACAGUCUGGAACUAAAACAACAGGCCAUCGAUAGCUACUAUCACGACGUAAGCUGCCGGGGUGACUUCCGAGCUGUCGCGUCCAAGUACAACAUUAACCGGAAGUACGUCGAAAAGUGGCUGGCACAGGAGGAUCACCUAGCCGUCAACACCGUCAGCAGCAGCAAUCCACCGCCGCCACUACCUCCUCAGGUGGUGGUUGGGUAAGCCAUAGUUUUGCUUUCGUUUUAUUCUUCUAUACAUAGUACACAGUUAGCAGUUAGCAAAGUCAGGAUUUCGUUCGACACCGCGUUUCUUCCGUUGAACACAAGCAUAUACGAUCAAUCCUGUGAUGUUCUCGUCGUCGAUCAUGUAAUGAUCGGCGGUCGAAUCGCGGUUUUCAUUCGCUCUGUUAAUCGGGGCUCAGGUUUGAUACUCCGAGUUCACAGGGACUUUGUUGGAAUGAAAAAGAAAAAACUGAAAUGUGAUAUUUAUAACCUAUACAUAUGAUCAUAUCGUAAGUAAGUUUGUCAGGAUUAGCGAACAGCUAAGAAGUGGUGUGAUUUCUAUACGGUAGGGCUAGGAAUUGGGAACACAUAGAAGGAUUGCGACUCGAGUGAAGUAAGAGAGACAGACACUUAUCUUAACUUGUAAAACACGGCACUUGCAGACGGCUACUCACAAAAAUCGGAUCCUCUAAUUAGCAUAACAAUUACACUUUGUCAGGUUUAGCAAACUUCGUAAACCGGACGGGGUUUCGUUCGCAAAAGCUGUGAAGUUCCAGAGGUUCCCUCCCUUCGUUCGCAGGUGUUGUCACUAUCCUGGUUUGGGUUACACCCACGUUGAUGCGACUUUGCAACUAGGAUCCCAGGUAAAAUUACAAGCAGAUCUCACACCGUGCCGUCUCUUUUCUUCCUUCGCCAGAGUUUCUUUGGGCGACUUUACAAAUCACAGGUGCCAUACAGUAGAUUUUAGCUGACACUUUCCGCCUGCCAAGUGCAGCAACCUGAGAGACUGGAAUCAGCUACCCCCUCCCCUGGCGAUCGUGUAGAAAAGCUGCAGCCAUAAAAAUUCAAAGGCAAUAAAAGCAACACCUUUCGCCGCAUCUUCAUCGCCAUAACGAAGGGAUGGGAAUUUCCCAUAAUUCCUCUCCGGGUCGUAAUUAGUCCUUAUGUCGGUUCGCACUUGUUUUGCAUUCUUUCUUGCACUGUUUGCUUGCCUCCUAAUUGGAACAAGCCAACUCCUGUAGUCGGUGUCUGACGCGCUGGCUUCCAUUUUGUUUUUGGUUAAUAAUAUCGACCCAAAUUACAGCAGAUAUUUUUCGUGUCCAAAAUUAUUCGCGUUUGCGAACGCUGUCGCCUUACGAAAGGCUUCACGCAAGAAGGUGAACCGUUGUAUCAUUCGCCAUUUUUGUGCCUUUCCUAAGAUAUCCAACCAUGCGCAGAAAAAUUGCACCACAUCAGCGGAUUAUAUGUUUGCGUUAAAUUGCAACUAAAAUUAGGCGAAUGAUUGAACAAUCGUCUCGUAAACGAGGAAAAUUAAAGGUGCCACUAAUUGCUUCUCUCGUGCCUCGACACAGACGUCAGACACCUCCGAGCACCGUCUAAGAUUCGACGUCCACCCGCUCGCUCGCUCGUCUUUUCGUUCAUUUUAUUUAUUCUUUUUUGUUUGUUUCAAGUGCCACCUUACGCUACUCAGGAAAGAAAAAAACAAAUAAGUGAAGUAGAAAUGAAUCACUCAACGCGCAAGUACCAACAAUUCGUUUACACUAUAAAUUGAGCCAAUCGGCACAUGAUUUCAACAUUAAUUUUGCACUUCUGACUAUCGCCCUCUCUCUCUUUAACUCGGAUUUCGCGGUCCCACUUUGAUGUUCCCUAACAACAGUAGCAACAAAAUGAACUGACAGCAACAGAAAAAUGAAAUCAAAAAUACAAAUUUAUCUCACAGUGUCACAUCCAAUCCUGUCAAAUAUUAACAUUUGUGAAUAUCAAGUGCCUAAUCGAGUAGGAACAAGCAAGUAAUAAGCUAGCGUAAGAGUAAGUUCAAGUAAAUCAAGUGCCAAUACACCAAGCAAAACAGCUGAUAGUAACUAAAACAAUUAUUGCUAAUAAUGAUUUGAUAAAACGAACAAUGGCGGAGUGAGCCGAUAGGGAGUUAAUCUAGAUAAGCUCCUCCUGGCUCCCCAUUCAUCCAGCAGCCGGCGAAAAAAAAAACGGCGGAAAUCACAAAUCACGAGUCCAGUUCUAUUGUUUUCCUUUGUAAAUUAUUUAAACGAUUCGCAAGUAUGUUACGAUAUCAUUUCUGUUUUUCGUUGUAUAUAAAUAAAUGUAGCGUUGAAAGGAAAAAAAAAGAAAAACGGUAGAUUUCUUUACGAAAUGUCAAAUCGCGUUUCUACUGUCAUCAUCAUAACUUAUCUAGUAGACUUUUUCAUUUGAGUAUGUGCAUCAAGUAUACAGGUUCGUUUGUAAGGUUAAUUGUACUAAUGAUUGUAAACAAAUAUUAUUAUUCUUAAUAUUAUUAUUUGUAGCUUAUCUUUGAGUAGUUGAUUUCGAGAAUAGUCAGUGUAGUGACCGUGUGAUGAUGAACUGAAGGCAGUUAUAUCCGUGAUGCGUAGUCUGCAUUACCCGUAGCAAUUGUAAAUAGUAACACUGAAAGUUUAAAAACAAACCAGCCAUACUUGAAAAGAAUGAAUUGGAACUAUUUUAAUUAUCCGCGCGUGUCGCGCGGUACGUUAGCGCGCCGUGCAACAGCAAGCAAAGCGAAUAAGGAAAAAUCAUAUUGUAUUUUCUAUUACUAUAUUAUACACACUUUGAAUGAGAGUUUUUUUAUUUGAUCGAAGAAUAAAGAUGCGAAAUAUAUCUAUUCUAUGAUAGUUGUAAAACAUUAUCAUAAACAAUCCUAAAACAGA